CACCGGCUCGUCGUCAGUCCAGCACGAGGGCACGGACUUGUGAUCUGUCCCACGCUGGAGACGACGACACAACCUGACAGCCGCAAUCGCCAAACGACCGGCGCCGCGGACCCGCAGUCGGCAGCCGGCAACCGGCAGCCGAGGGAGAGCUUCAUAUCCGGCGAGAGUCGCAAGCUUUCCGUCAGUUCCCCUUUCCCCAAUCUUCCGGUGAUCCGGUUCCCCACUUUCGAGGCGUAAAGCCACGGCAGAGCGCAAGCCGCUGUGCACGGCGGCGCUCCCGCGACGGGUCGUGGACAAAUCAGGAAGACCGGCUGCGGAUUUUGGCGGCUGGCGCCGAGAGAAUCGGAGCUUAGCGAGUCCACAGUGAAGGACUGGUGGUCGGCCUUUGCCCGCGCUGACUCUGCCGCCCCUGCUUCGCGAUGGGAGGCUCCCCUGUAUGGGACGGGACUCUGUCUCUGGACAGCUUCAACACCUCGGCGGCGGCGCUGGUCAAGAGGUGGAAGGAGAUCGAGGUCGACGAUUCGCUUCCUGAAUGGACAUGGAAGCCGUGCAGCAAAUCGAGGGUCCCGUUGGAGGUAGGGGGGUAUCUAGCCCUGGAAAGAGUGUACAGCAGUUGUGGAAGAAGCCAGGAGCAGAUUGAGGAGAUGGAAAAGUUCGAUGAUGCAGGGGAUGUGGCUUGGGUAGAGAGCUCUAGUGACAAUGUUCAUGUUUAUGAUUUCCAUGUUGUCUACAGCUUCUCCUACAAAGUUCCAGUGCUAUACUUUCGCGGUUAUCACACUAGUGGGCAACUACUAACUCUAGAUGAGGUAAAAGAGGGACUUCCUUCUCACUCACAAAAAGUAUUAAGUGAAUCGAAGUGGACGUUUAUUACUCAAGAGGAGCACCCCCAUCUAAGCAAGCCAUGGUUGACCCUGCACCCUUGUGCAACCAGUGAUUGGAUGAAGCUACUCCUCGAAGAAACUAAAGCGACAGAUAAGGAGCGCUCGCUGCAAUAUUUACCGGCAUGGUUAUCUGUGGUUGGCCAGGCAGUAGGACUGAAAAUCCCUCUUGAGCUUCAUUCCAACUCAUAGUUUCUUCAGCCUUUUAUCCGUCAUUGGCCAGGCAGUGGGAUUGAAAAGCCUUAAUGAAGCUUCAUUGCAACUUAACUUUCUCCACCCUUUUCACUUUCAGUAUGUAUGGCGAUUGAAAGAGAGUCCUCAACCUGUGUUUGGUGAUAAUAGGUCACCAAUAUUUCUGACACUGGCUAGACCUGCCAUUGUGUAAUUGUUAUGCUUUCAUUCAAUUUACUAGCGUUUCUUUCUGUUA